AUGAUCAACGCAACACUUUUAGAUUUCGCAUUUUCUCUGUCAGGACUGAACGACAUGACGACGAAGCACAGAGUCAUUCUUUUCUCUUUGACCUUGCUGUGCUACUUUGUGAUUUUCCUCGUAAACGGCGGCCUUAUUUUGAUGAUCGUACUGGAGGAGAAACUCCACGAACCCAUGUACAUCUUCCUGUGCAACCUGUGCGUCAACAGCCUGUAUGGGACAGUGGCUUUCUACCCCAAAUUCCUGUAUGAUCUGUGGUCCAAAUCUCACGUCAUCUCUUACACAGGUUGCCUGCUGCAGGUCUUCCUAAUAUACACCUAUGCAAUCACUGACUUUUCUAUUCUAGCGCUGAUGGCUUACGACAGAUAUGUGGCCAUAUGUCGUCCACUGGAAUAUCACUCUGUCAUGACUAAGAACAGGGUUGUGCUGUUGGUGUGUUUCUCCAGGCUCGUUCCCGUCUUCUGGGAGAGUGUGCACAUAACGAUGACCUCCAAACUCCAGUUAUGUGGCUCUCACAUAGACAAACUCUACUGUGAGAACUGGGCGAUCCUUAAAUUGUCCUGUAGUUCAAUAACGGCGCAUAACAUUGUUGGAUAUAUUAUUACCUUUUUCUACUUUGGGCACGAUGUUUUCAUAGUGUUCUCAUACGUUCAUAUGAUAAAAUCAGCGGUGAAAUCCAGAGAGGACAGGAGAAAGUUCAUGCAGACGUGUGUGCCACAUUUACUGUGCCUGCUCAACGUGUCAGUCGCGAUGCUCUUUGACGUCAUGUACGCGAGAUACGGAUCGGUGUCCGUGCCGCAGGGUGUGAGGAACUUCAUGGCCAUACAGUUUCUCUUGCUUCCACCUCUACUCAACCCCAUCAUUUAUGGACUCAAACUGACCCAAAUUCGCACCAGGUUGUUCAGCUUGUGUUCAAACAAUAAACAGGGAUUAGGCUGA